UCGAACCGUGGCCAAUAUAAUCGUUCGGUAAUUAGUGGUGUUUUGUUUUGCUUUUUUUUCUUGCACUCUCGUUUGUUUAGUGCUCGUUACGUGCAGAAAAUAUGUCUUUACUAAGUGCUGUCAACCCGCGGAAAGCGAUUUGUAUGAAAAACCAUGAAGAUCGUGAUAAGGAUCUCUACGACACCCUGCACGUAAAUGUGGAAAAGCCGGCACCAUGCUCAAGCCAAGUAUGUCUGGGAAGUAUUAUGGCGCAACAAGGAAAAACCGAAAUAAGGACCCCAGACGAAGUGUUACAACAAGCUGAAGAUUUCUUGAAACAGUAUUUUACAUCGAUAAGAAGGUCUCAAAGCCCCGCUCACUUAUCGCGCUGGGAACAAGUACAGAAGGAAGUGGCAACCAGUGGCACUUAUCAGCUCACCGAAACCGAGCUUAUUUACGGCGCAAAAUUGGCCUGGAGAAAUUCGGUCAGGUGUAUAGGGCGAAUUCAGUGGUCAAAAUUACAGGUGUUUGAUUGCCGUUAUGUAACUACCACGAGCGGAAUGUUCGAGGCUUUAUGUAACCACAUAAAGUACAGUACAAAUAAAGGCAAUAUUAGAUCGGCAAUAACUAUAUUUCCCCAACGGACAGAUGGCAAGCACGAUUACCGCGUCUGGAACCCGCAGCUUAUCAGUUACGCUGGAUAUCGCCAAGCAGACGGCUCAAUUAUAGGGGAUCCAGCUAAUGUGGAAUUUACGGAACUGUGCCAAAAGAUCGGCUGGAAAGGACAAGGAACGAGAUGGGAUAUUUUGCCGCUCGUUCUUUCUGCAAACGGUCACGAUCCCGAUUAUUUUGAUAUUCCGAGGGAUUACGUUCUGGAAGUGCCCCUAAGUCAUCCCACGUUGAAUUGGUUUAAGACCCUCGAUUUGAAAUGGUAUGCUUUACCUGCCGUGUCAAAUAUGAUGUUUGAUUGUGGUGGUUUGCAAUUCACUGGUGCUCCUUUUAAUGGCUGGUACAUGAGCACUGAAAUUGGAUGUAGAGAUCUAUGUGAUCCGCAACGUUUAAAUAUGUUAGAAACUAUAGCACUAAAUAUGGGCUUAGACGUGCGCACCCCUGUGACGCUCUGGAAAGACAAGGCCAUGGUAGAGUGUAACAUUGCUGUUCUUCACAGUUUUCAAGAGAUGGGCGUCACAAUCGUCGAUCACCACACUGCCUCCGAAUCAUUCAUGAAGCAUUUGGAAAACGAAGUUCGUCUACGCAACGGGUGUCCAGCAGACUGGGUCUGGAUUGUACCUCCGCUUUCAGGAUCGGCCACUCCUGUGUUUCAUCAGGAGAUGGCGCUGUAUUAUUUAAAGCCAUCAUACGAAUAUCAG